AUGGUCUCGACCUUUCGAGCAGAAUCUCCAAACACUUGGGCUGAAGGGAGUUUCUACGCACGGGGACAGCUUGUGCCAGACCAAACUGAAGGAAAGGGCAGGAACGGCCCCUUCACAAAGCUCAAGCUACGCUGCUUUCUUCUGACCCCUGAGGCCCUCGAAGCAUUGGUCUGCUGGCCCAAGCGCCUGGAAGUGUUCCAGCUAAAGUUCUCAUUCGGAGAUGACUACAGCACAAUGGGGCUACAUACCGAGUGGACACUGGCAAUGUUAAAACAGAUCUUAGCCAUCCACCGAAGUACAUUGCGCUCGAUCAAGUUAUACGCUGUGAACGUCGCCGGGCUGGCAGAUUUCGACCUGCGAGAAUUUGAAAGUCUAGAGGAAUUGAGUCUCUCUUCUGCAUGUACUGGUCACCAAUAUCCUGUCCAAAGCUAUAUGAUGGGGUCUUUUACCAACCUGCUUGCUCCGCGCCUUCGUGUUUUUCAGUGGGAUUUGACACUCGAGAAUCAACAGCAUUGCGAGGGGAUGGACAGCUUUGACCAAAAAGAGGAAGAUUGGUUGCGGGCGCUGGUGCGCGAAGCACUUGCACGCGGAUGUCCACUCCAAAGUAUUGAAAUAAAAUUUACACCCAGUUCUAGCCACUGCUUCAAUGGCAUCUAUCCGUGGGACCGAAUGGAUGCCCUGGGGGCUGACUUACGCCCAUACGGAAUCAAAGUGCGCUACAAUACUCCUUCCAUUAACAGGGAGGAGUUUUCAAAAACCGUGGAAAACACCAAAAAGCAGGAAGCUUAG